AUGCAGUGCUCUCUGUGCAAGCUGCGUACCCACCAGUGGUGUUUCCUUCUCUUCAACGUUCUCCUCUUCCAUGCCUUGUUGUUUGGGGCUGACUUUGUCGAGGAGUACCUCCUGCAGCCCACACCUGCUGUCUACACUGAUGGCACUGUCGUUGAUGUAAGAGAGAAAGCGAGGAAACUAGACCUGAGCAACGCCAGGGAGAAUGUGUCCCAGGCCUACCCCAUCGCUAACCCUGAUGCCUGCAGUAACUCAGACCUCUUCCUCCUUACACUAGUUUUCAGCUCCCCAGGUAAUAUCACUCAAAGAGAUGCAGUCAGGAGAUCAUGGGCCAACCAAACACUUGUCGAAGGCUUCCCAGUGAGGGUACUGUUCUUCUUAGGAUCAACUAAGACUUCUGCUGCACAAGACGCCCUCGUGAUAGAGUCUGACCGCUUUGGGGACAUGGUUCAGGGUCAUGCUGUGGCCGACUCGUCCCUCCGUGGCCCAACAGAGAGGACUGUGCUGGCACUCCGCUGGGUGAUCACCUUCUGUCCUCUGGCACGCUUUGUUCUGCUGACCAAGGACUCUGUGUUUGUCAACCUCCCUGCCAUCGGAGACUACCUGCUUGGGCUACACAGGCACCCUGAGGACCUUUAUCUAGGUAGGGUGAUUCAGAGAGACUCACCUGAUAGAGACCCCAAUAGUCCUGGCUACCUGCCCCCAGUUCUAUACCCUGACAAGUACCUGCCUGAAUACUGUGAUGGAACGGCUUAUGUUUUAUCCCAAGAUGUGGUCCGGAAAGUGUACAUAGCGUCUGCAGCUGUCCGUGCACCUGUGAAAGCUGAUGUUUUUGUGGGCCUUUGUUCUCAGAGGGCUGGUGUGUCACCAACCCACAGUGCUAGGUUCUCAGGAGAGAAACAUAUCCGCUACAACACCUGCUGCUACCGCUAUCUCUUCAGUUCAGCAGGAAUGGGAAACCAUGAACUAGAAACAGUGUGGGCAGACCUGGGACAGAAGGGUGGAAGAUGCUCCCUGUUACAGACCUACUACGGCCUGGUGACUUGCAAGGCCCUUACAUACCUGGAUAAACUGUCCUUCUUCAACUCCCAGGGACAAGCUUAA